CAGCGCGUGAAGCCGUAAUGGAGGAAAAGAAGUGAUUACUAGAUGAAGGAUCGUGAAAGUGGAAGUUUUAGUUCGUGUAUUUAGUGAAACGUCUCUUCAACUCUAUAGUUUCAACAAAAUGACAUAAACAUUUUCAAAACGAUGAUCGAUGCAUUGCUUCUAUUUUCAAAUAUAUUAUUGAGAGCAUUGCCAUAGUACUAAUUAAAAUAAGAAAUGUCUUAUCCUGGCCAACCUCCAAUGGGAAUACCAGGCAUGCCACCUAUGCCUUACAUGGUUGGUGCACCUCCGCCAAUAAUAGGUGGUGUAAUGCCUAUGGCACAUAUGAUUCCAACACCCGUAUCUGCGAUGCAGACCUCAGCUCCAGCUGUUCGGUAUGCACGUAACCAGAAUCGUCAUGAUAAUAAUCGACGCCGCGAGAGAGAAUCUGGUCCACCAGUUACUGUGUUCAUUGGUAACAUUAUGGACAGAGCACCUGAUGUGAUGAUACGACAUAUUCUGGGUGCAUGUGGCCAUGUACUUUCUUGGAAGAGAGUCCAAGCGUUUGGAUUUUGUGAAUAUGCAGGUCCUGAUGCAGGUCUUAGAGCAGUUAGAUUGCUUCAUGACAUGGAAAUAGGCACAAAGAAACUUGUUGUGAAAGUUGAUGCAAAAGCCAAAGUGGUUCUUGAUCAGUUUAAAGCGGAAAGAAGGAAAAAGUUGAGAGGAGGUCAGUCACCUCUACAGGAUGAAACAUGUACCGAUGGAGGUGAAGGAGAAGAAGGCGAAGAUUACAUGGAUGAGGGUAUGAGGGUAGUGGAUGCAGAUGCAUUAACUCGCAUUAAUCAAAUUGUAGCUGAACACGCUGCUGAUUUGGAAAUGGCUCAAGUUGCUCCUGAGGAACAUCAAACAAAAAUGGUUGCAAAAUCUUUGAACUUGGAUGAUGCGGAAAUUGAAGAAAGUAAAAGAGACUUGAUUACGCGAGAGAUUGGAAAAUUCAGAGAGGUUAUGAAGAAGCAGGAGGAGGAGAAGGCCCAAGUGAAACGGAAAAAAGAAGCAGUCGAGAAAGAAGAGCGCGAAAAGCGUGAAAAGGAGCGACGGGAUAGGCGAGAUGGCAGCAGUACUAAAGAUGAACAGGAUGGUGAUCCUGGUAGUCCUACAUCUCACAAAGGCCGUAGUAGUAGUACCGGAAGUAGUAGAAGGGAUAAAAGGCGGUCUAAAUCCAGGUCUAAAGAACGAGAUAGGGAUCGUCAGAGGAGCGAUAGAGAUCGUGAUAGAGACAGAGAUCGGGAUAGAGAUCGAGAACGAGAAAGAGAUCGAGAUCGUGAAAGGGAACGUGAACGAGAACGUGAGAGGGACAGAGAACGAGAAAGAGAGAGGGAAAGGGAACGUGACAGAGAGCGCGAAAGGGAACGCGAAAGGGAAGAGGCGAGAAAGACUGAAAGGGAAAUCAUGCGCGAAAGGGAAGAAGAGGAAGAGGCGAAAGAGAGGAAAAAGAACGAGAGAAGAGCACGCGAGAAAGAAGCCGCGUAUCAAGAGCGUUUGAGAGCAUGGGAGACGCGAGAACGGCGUAAACAAAAGGAAUAUGAAAAAGAGGCGGAGAAACGUAGAGCGAAACGGGAGGCGAGAGAAAGGGAGGCAAAACGCUUGAAAGAAUUCCUUGAAGAUUACGAUGAUGAUCGGGACGAUGCCAAGUAUUACAAAGGCAAAGAAUUGUCGCGUCGUCUGGAAGAGAGAGCACUCGAGGCGGAAGCCGAUUCACGGGAUCGUUGCGCAGAGCGACAGGAGCUUCAACGUCUUCGUGAUAAACUUUAUGCUGAUGCUUCUCAUCCAGAUCCAGCGGCGGAGUUUGAAAGGUUAAAAGCAGAAAGGGAGGAACAGUAUAAGCCUAAACCAGUGAUUACAAUAAUUGACGAAGAAGACGAGAAGGUAGUGAAAAAGGAGAAGGAAGUUAUGCCACCUAUAGAGACUGAGCCUAUCGAAAGUGACAGUGAUGAAUGUGUGCAAUUUGACGAAGCUUCGCAGCCGGAAGUGCCAUCUAGGACACCUCCGCGACAUCAUCAUCAUCACAGAAGACAUCAUCGUCAUCAUCAGAAUCAUCACCAUGAUGGCGAAGAGAACGAAGAAGUCGUGGAAACUGAUAGAGAGAGUGUAAAGGGUACGAGAUCGUCGCCUUCCCAUCAAACAGCCACACCAUCAGCACAAUCCAUUCCACCCACAUUAGAUGAAGAUUCACGUAUGUCUCUUGUUAGCGAACCAGAAAAAACAAGCAGUAGUAACUUUGUACCAUUUGCUAUGGGAAGUGGCGGUAAUCGAGGCGGCGACCAUGGUGUCGGUAAUAAAACCCCAGCUAGUCCGAGUACAGCUGUUACAGUUAAUUCGCAACCGACAAAUCAAACUAGAAAGAAAGGUCGAAUCGACGUCAAGGAUGUAUUUAAUAAUGAUGAUGACGACGAUAGUGCUAAUAACGCGAAGAAGCGUAAACUAGUUCCUUUAGGUAAAUUUUAUCGCGCGGCUGACACUGUUCGUGUAAACUGCAAUUUUUUUUAUACGAUUUAUAUUUCAGAUUAUGGCGAAGAGAAAAAGAAAAAGUCGACCGAGGAAGCUCCGAAAGCUGGGAAAGAAGAAAGUACAAAAAGUCAAGAAGAAAAACGAAAACACAUAAAAUCCCUUAUUGACAAGAUACCUACAGAUAAAAACGCUUUAUUCGGAUAUCAACUAGAUUGGGCUGUAAUAGAUAAUACGUUAAUGGAAAAGAGGAUAAGGCCGUGGAUUAACAAAAAGAUUAUUGAAUAUAUUGGAGAACCUGAACCUACAUUAGUAGAUUUUAUUUGUAGCAAAGUAAUGGCCGGUAGCUCUCCUCAGGGUAUACUUGACGAUGUACAGAUGGUAUUGGAUGAAGAAGCAGAAGUGUUUGUAGUCAAAAUGUGGAGGUUAUUAAUUUACGAAGUGGAAGCUAAAAAAAUGGGCUUAGUUAAAUAAAUGGAUAUCAAUUAAAGUACUAAUCGACAUAAAAAUUUAUACUACACAUCAAAUUCCUUUGAUUAAGAUGUAAUAUUAGGUUAUAUACCAAUAUACAAUUACCUAUGUAUAAUUUAUAGGAUUCUUCGCUAGACGAAAAACAUGAUGUUGCUCGAUUGAUAGGUAACCUAAGUGUGUAGUAAUUAAAAUGUUAAAUACAAAUUGUAAUUACGAUUUAUAAUAUUUGGGUUGUGCGUUUCUAAAUUCACUUGUCCAUAAUAGAAGGAAAAAUACUCUUGUUCUUGUAUUAGUUUUUUUUUUUUUUUUUGACAAUUUUACGUACAUGUAAGGUUUAUUUGCGCAAAUCAAAUUUUCAAUAAGAAAUUUGGAACAGUAAGUUUAGUCCUUUUAGAUAGAAUUUUAUAAAUUGGUGAACGUAUUAUUAUAAUGUCACUAAUAGUCCACUCUGUAAAUACGUACAUCUUACCAUAAAGCAUGGGUUAUUUGGUUACAGUGAAAAUAAUUAUUCAAUUAAAGUAUUUGUAAU